GUUUUGUGCGCAAAAUUGCAGAAAACGAUGAAGAUGGUUCGAAUGGCUUUUCAUUCCGUAGGUUUGUACUCUCUCACUCUGAUCAUCGGCAUCGUCGCCAAGUUCGCCUUCCUCCGCCGCCACGACGACCAUGUCAUCUUCAACAAUCAUCUUUUCGCCGCUGCUCUGGAAACACUCCCUCUUUUUUCAAUUAUCUUCUCCAUCAAGUGGCUAACAACACUUCAAAAUCCAAUCCUGCAGGAUAUGAAGUUCACAGAAGCAGUGAUGAGCAGGGCUUUUGUGAAGAGUUUCGUUGACUAUUACGCUCGCUAUGGUAUAUUCUUACCAUGCGUCACUCGUGUUUUCAACGGUGAAGCCAAUGCUGCGGUGUUGAUUGUGGCUUUGAUGGGGAUACUUCUGGUUGGGUUGACUGGAGCUUAUCGUCGAUUUGAUGCACUCGCAAUGCAAGAAGAUGAAGAGCUGAAGAAGAGGAAGCUGGAGUUGGAGAUGGAGAGGAAACUGGAGAUGGAGAAUAAGACCAACAAAAUGAUGCUUUAGGGAUAAACAGUUUGAAGAUACCAUUCUGAAAUGGAUAUGCUGUUGAAACAAUCACCAUAAGUUUCUAACCUUGAGAAUUAUUAUUAUUAUUAUUAUUAUUAUUAUUAUUAUUAUUAUUAUUAUUUUGGAGAGCCAAAUGAUUUGUGAAAAUACAUUUGCUAUGGCUAUUUGAAGUUGAUCUAUUAGUAUAAAUCUAUGUGCUGUUUAGCUAAAUUUGUUGUUA